AUCAGAACCCCUACCAUGGAUCCCAAUAGUUUCUGGGCCAUGAUGAGGGCCAUGAUGGUGAACCAGUUUGUGACGGGUUUCCAGGCACCGAUCUCCAUGCAUCAGCCGACGUUUGUGCAUGAGGGGCGUCAGGAGGAUCCGCAGAACAUGGCGGAAAAUGCAGAGUUGUAGGCUCACAACAUGAAGGGGUUGAUGGUGGAUUCACGCAUGGGUCCGUCAGUAGACGGGAAUGAUGAGCAGAAGGACAAUGGCAAAGCCCCGGAGGAGCUGGUGGCGAGGAAGCAAGCGAAUCACCAGGGAAAGGAUGAGGUUGGAAAGAGCCGCGAACACUUGAAGGAAGAGCUGGGCGAGAGUGAAUCGCAUGUAUCCGUGUUCAGCCGGAUGCGUGUGCCUGCAAAAGAUCGACUGCAUGGCCGAAGGAACACCAUUGGCCGUGACCGGGCAGGCAAGAUCACCGCCAACAGAAGAAAGAAGCUGCAUUUUUGCCACCUCCUUUCGGUUAGGCAAAGGCCGGACGAGCCACAAAGGAACUUCCUUGCGAGGUGGAAGUUGGAGACCACUCAGGUCUAUGGAGCGGACGACAGGACAAAGUUGUCCGUUUUCCACCCAGACCAACGAUCGAGUGAUUUCUCUCAGUGUUUGGCGCUGGAGAAGAUGAAGAAAUACUCCGAGGCAAUAGCCAUGGUUGAAGAUGAAGAAGCCGAAGCUGAGGAGAUUGAGGCUAAAAAGAAGAGAGAAGAAGAGGGAAGAUUGGGAGACCAGGUUGUUUCGGUAAAGCCUGCGUCGAAGAAGACCACAGAAGAGCAACCGCCAACAUCUGCCGGCCACCGCUACAAGAAGGUCAUGGACCAGCGAGACCGACAGCCUUAGGGGAGAUAUUUUUACCAAGAAAGGGCCUACGACGAGAGGAAACCCUACCCGUCCUACCCUCCUUGCGGUCCCAAGCUCAUGUUAUC